AUAAUAUUCUGUGAGUGAGCAAGAUUACAGAUUACUGUAAUCUGUGGAUACGAUUCUGAUUUAAAAAAAAUAUGAAUUCCCUAAAAACAUUUUUGGAAGAUGCUUUCAACUCACUCAAACGAUGGAGAGAUUUCCAGAAAAUACACAUUGUAUUGGGAAACGAAUCUUGCGAUCUGGAUUCAACAAUAUGUUCACUGGCUUACGGAUUUUACCUAUCGAAGAAAUAUAAUGUGAGCAGUAGUUCAGAAAAUGUAGUUUUCCCAGUUGUGAAUGUCCCAUCUGAAGAAUUUCCCAUCAGAACCGAACAUUGUUCAUUACUGAAGGAAAUCGGUAUCGACCUCGACAAACUAAUAUAUAGAUCUGAUAUUAAAAUAAAUGAAAUCCUUGCGGAAAAGAAAGGAUGCGUUAAGACAUACUUGGUCGAUCAUCAUGUUUUAAAUGAGAAUGACUCUUUGCUCAAAGAUACCGUAUGUAGAGUUUAUGACCAUCGUCCCAUAGAUGAAAGUUGGAAGUGGUCCUCAAACACUGAAUUGAGGAUAGAACUUGUUGGUUCUUGUGCUACCCUCAUCGUGAAUGAAAUGUUGAAAGAGGAAGGUAUUUUGUUCAAAGAAUUGGCAUAUUUGCUAUAUUGUACAAUUGUCUUCGAUACCUUGGCUGUUCUUCCGGAAAACAAGAAGGCUACUCCUUUAGAUAUCGAAAUGGCGAAAAAACUCGAGGAUACCUUUGGUUUCACCGAACCCAGACUUACCUUAUUUAAAAAAAUUGUUGAUCUUCACAGUGACGUUUCCAAACUUACACCAGAUCAACUUCUCAUAAGAGACCUGAAAUUCGUGGGCAAUAUCCCCAUACCGGGGCUACCGAUGUUGGUAGAAACUUUCUCAAAGUUGCCAGAUGUUGAUAGAAGUUUGACAAAACUGGGCAACAAUAAAGCAGCCGAUUUCAUUAUUUUAAUUGGAAUCGAGGCAAAACCCGAUGUCAAGAGAGAUGUCGGAAUAUUCUUCAUCAAAGAUGAUGCGAAAAUAAAGGAUCUUCUCUUAAACGAAUUCAAACGGCACGAGGAUUUCAAAUUCGUAGAAUCCUCUAGUAAAGUGCCAAAUUUGAUAAUAUUGAGGCAAAAUAAUAUCGAGAAAUCGAGGAAACAGAUCAUGCCCAUUGUAAGAUCAAUCGUGGAGAACAAAUUGGAGGAAUGAUCGUUCUGAUCAAAAAUAAAAAAACUCGGUUUUUUUCUUACU